AUGGCCAAGUCCAAGAACUCAUCUCAACACAACCAGAGCAAGAAGGCUCACCGUAACGGCAUCAAGAAGCCCAAGACCUACCGUUACCCUUCCCUCAAGGGCGUUGACCCCAAGUUCCGUCGUAACCACAGACACGCUCUCCACGGCACCGCGAAGGCAUUGAAGGAGCGCAAUGAGGGUGUGCGUGAGGUUGCUUAA